AUGUCAGCAGUUCCGUAUGCUGCUGCUGCUGCUGCUGCUGCUGCUUCGUUGUGUGCCGCUACCCCUCCGUCGACUACAGGCGGGGUGCUAACCACGGGCGGAUUAUACUCCGGGAUCCUUCCGUCGUCUCAUUUUCCUGAGAGUUCGGUGAAACAGGAGACGAGUUCUGGUCAGCAGCAGCAGCACAUAACGGGCCCAUUUGCGAUGCAAAGUGUUCCAGUACAGGGUGUGCCUUUUCCGGGGUCUGAUGCUGCCACGUGUACGGUUGCAAACGGCGGUCUUUCCUCUGGAAACGCAAGUUCUGGCGCCGAGAACGUUAAGGAGUGCGAAAGCGGGGGAGCAGAGGCGCGGGGGUCGGUUGCUGGUGGCGGGAGUGGCGCUGCCGUUGCGGCGGAAGAUGCGGGCAGCGAGCCGAGUGAGGGGGAUGCGGGCGGGGAGGGCGGGGAGGGCGGAGAGGGGGAGGGGGAAGGGGAGGGGGAGGAGAGGGAUCCGGAGACGGAGAAGCGGGAGGCGAGGCUGAUCAGAAAUCGGGAGAGCGCGCAACUGUCGCGGCAACGAAAGAAGUACUACAUGGACGAGCUGGAGGCGCAGAUCCGCACCAUGUCCGCGGCGGUGGCGGAACUCAACUCCGCCGUCGCGCAUCUCACCGCGGAGAACGUCAGCCUCCGCCGCCAGCUCGCCUUCUUCUACUCCUCCCCUUCCGCUGCCUCCGCCGCCGCCGCCGCUGCAGCAGCUGGAACCGGCGUUGCUGCAGGGUCGGCGGGUGCGCUAGGUUCCGGAAUUGCCGCAUCAGGCCCGGCACGAGGCUCGGGUCGACGCAGACGUGAAGGUUCGGCAGCAUCGGCUGUAGCGCCUUCUACAGUCUCGCCAGGCCUUGUUCCUCCGAUCCUGGGAGGGCUGGCUGGGAUUGGAAGCAUGGGGGGAAUAGGGUUACCACUCGGGGCGUUAGGGUUACGCGGUUUGUUCCCCCCCGCUCCGCCUGUCCCGAUUCCGAAGCUGAAGCACGUUAGCCGCCCGGAAUCCGCGCGCAAGAAGAAAGGCGCGCCUGGGGGGAGUGGCGCGAAGGCGGGCGGGGGGGAAAAGGACAGGGGCGCGAAGAAGCAGAAGAAGGAAGGGGAUGCGCAUGUGGUUACUGCUGGUGCUGCUGUUGCUGCUGGUGCUGCUGUUGCUGCUGGUGCUGCUGUUGCUGCUGGUGCUGCGGGUGCUGGGGUUACUGCACCUAGUGCUAAAGAUACCAGCCCUGGCAGGCCCUCUUCGCCACCCCGUGCCGUAUCCGCCGCCAAGGCACCCGCUCUCGCACUCGCCAUGUUCGGUUUCCUCCUCAUCCUCUGCCCUUUCCUGCCGUCCAACGACGGGCUGACACGUGGCGUGGCGCCGACGUAUCCAGGCUGGCAGAGCAGCGUUAUGAGCUGGCAGGGCAGCGGGGCUGGUAGUUGGGAGCGAAUGGGCGGGGUCUGGCGCGACGGGUGGCGUUGGUGGGGCGGCGGCGCGCCGAGGGGCGAGGGGAGGGGAGGGGUGGCGCAGGGGGCAGAGUGGGAGGGAGGAUUGGGAGGGGGUGGGGUGAUGAGACCCGGAGGACGGGUGCUGCUGGGUCUGGGGGAGGAAGAGGGCAGGGACGGGGGGAGACAGUCUGUCGGAGGGGACGGAAUGGGCGCUUGGUGGAGGGGCAAGGGGAAUGGCAGCAUGAGCGAUUCAGUGGCGCAGACGCUGCUGGGUCGUACUCUGCACUCGUCCGAUAUGAAUCCGUUGUGGAGACACAAGGCGGAGCCGGCAGCAGACAGGGAGGUGCAUGCAGCCGACAGGCAGCAGCAGCGGUUCCCCUCCUUUGCAGCGGUGUCACGCGGCCAGGUACCCAACCUCACAGCCGGCAGGGCUGCAGCGGACAGGGUUACAGCACAGAGGGUUACAGCAGAUAGGGCUAGGGAAGGCAGGCCGGCAGCAGAGGGAGUCAGGGCGGCAGGCAAGGCCCUUGUGCCGUGGCGGCAGUGGUCACCUGCCAGCGCGCUCAGAAGCCAGUCAGCAGGCGCUGGGAGAGGUGGCAGUGGUGGCAGCGGUGACAGUGCUGGCCAUUCGGGCAGCAGCAGUGGUGGCACUUAUGGUGCGCGGGUGAGCGGGAGUGGCAGUGGUGGUAGCGGUGGCAGUGCCUCUGUGGGGCUGAGAGCUAGGGUUGGCGGUGGUGGUGGUCGCGUGGCGGGUGCGUUACCAGGAGCAGCAGCAGUGGAGGGUUCGUCGCCAUGGGAUGAGCAGCACUGGCAGCAGUGGCUGCUGCAGCACAGCUCAGGCCCGCUGUUCCAGUCGCAUACAUGCACCGAGCUCUUCCGGUUUGACUCUCAGCCAAGCCACGCGGCGCAGGAGGGAGAGGCACAGGAUGAAGCAGGAGAGGCAACGACACAUUCAGCGGGCAGCAGCAGCAAGAGGAACUCGUCUGGUGGCUGUGCGGGCAGCAGCCGUGUUAACUCCAGUGCCACAGACAGACGCAGAGGCAGUGGGAGCAACAUUGCGGGUGUGACACAUCUCAACUCUGCCACAGCUGCCACCACAACCACAGCCACUGUGAGCAGCAGCAGCAGGGUCACUGGGGAGGCUAGCAAAGAGCACUUCCCGCCUGUGCCUGUGCCGGUGCUGUCCCGCCGCAUGUUCCUACGGAGGCGGUAUUUGAACGAGCUGCCAGCGUCAAAGCAGGCUAUCCCUCUGCCUGACUCCAACCAGGCCAUUCCCCUCCUGCCCCCCUCUCUGGACUCUGCCAGUUCAGCCACCAAGCCUGAUGGUGGGGUAAGGAGUAAUGUUGCCAGCAGCACGAGGAAUUUUGAUAUUAGAGGCAGCUUGGAACACAAUGCAACUACUGAGGGGAAUCCGAUUCGGUCGGUCCCUGUUGCAGUGCCCGGUCAGCAGCAGAGUGGGUUUGGCCAGCAAGGUGCGUUCGCUCAGCCUGAACCGGUUGUAGUGUCGAUUCUCUCGGGCUUUGAUGCGAGCAGCAUGGAAAGGUUUUUCCAGAGUGGGACCAGGGGAUUUGCUGCAGGGUUUUCUGGGGCUGAUGGGGGUGGGAGGUCAGAGAGAGUGAAUGCAGGGCGGAUGGGUAAAGGUGGGGCGGAGGAGGAGGAGGUGCGGGGAGGGAUGGGUGGAAGUGUUGUGGUGAUGGUGACAAGCGGAGGUUAG